AUGGAAAGUGUCCCAGGAGACUACAGCAAACGAGUGUAUCAAGGUGUGAGAGUGAAGCACACAGUCAAAGAUCUGCUGGCAGAAAAGCGAUCCAGGCAGACAAGUAACUCAAGAUUUAAUGGCAGCAUCAGUUCCUCUCAGCCUCCAUUUGUCCAGAUGCCAGGUUCGCCAGUCACGUCGGGUUACUACGGUGUCAGAAGAUCUUUCUUAUCUGACUCAGACUUCCACAACACCAAACAGUUUUCAAACGACAUCUACACCUCAAGCGUGGCGAAGCCCUUUCCCUGCGAGUCCCCCACGGGGCAGGGCCACACGUCCCUCCUGGAGUCCUACUUCCCGGAGCCCUACGGAGACCACCGUCCCCCGGCCCUGACCCCCAGCACAGGCUCUCUGUUCAAUGCCUCGCCGCUGCCGCCGCUCCUGCCACCCCCCUUCCCCAGCGACCCCGCGCACUUGGUAUUUAGGGACUCAUGGGAGCAGACGGUGCCUGAUGGUCUCAGCCAGCCAGACCCAGUGCCUACCGACAUCCUGCAGACCUUGCCACCCAGCACAAGUUGCCUCUCCCAGCUCGAGUCUGGUAGUGCCACCCAGCAUAGGGGCUCCAGCUGGGGAUCAUCCCUUGCUGGGGCCCAGUCCUACUCGCUGCAUGCGCUGGAGGAUCUGCACCACACGCCGGGGUACCCCACUCCACCUCCUUACCCCUUCUCCCCUUUCAUGACAGUAUCAAACGACCUACCGCCCAAGGUGGUGCCGAUCUCCCCAGAUGAGGGGGCAGACACCUCUUCCCUUCAUGACCCUUCAUCUUGGAUGAAAGAAGACGGGAACGUGGCCUGGGGGGCAUAUGAAUGCCGCAGAGCUUACUGA